AUGACUGGAAUCCACUGGACUCCACUGGACUCUGACUGGACUCAUAGUCCACUGGACUGGACUGGGCAUUCUGCCAGCCAAUCUGGCUUGGUAAGAGGGCCAACGGAUGUCGGCAGAAAAGCGCCUGUCCCAAGACUGGAAGAAUUGCCACCCUUGAGGAAACCCUCUCAGCCCAAUCCCCCGCCCGAUGAUGACAGCGACAGCGACAACGAUUACUAUCCAGACGAGGGUGAUCAAGCCCCUCCAGUGUUGAGCGUGACAAUCAACGCAGACAUAUCAUCUGUGAGUGUGACUACCACGCCCGCUGCUCAAAUCACAGGGAUUGAACCCACUGUGCAAGCUAUCGAGAUACAGCCUGCUGCCAUAGGCGCGACUUCAGGAGUGGGGGAAGCCACCACCGAACCUGCUUCCAUUGAUCCAAACCUAUCUCUCCCUAAGACAAAUCAGAUGCAGGAGGAUGAUGAGAUUUCAUGGGGAGACGACGAGCAUAACCACGAUGCUAUGGGUCCACAGAUCCCUCCACUCACCUUUACGGUGGAUUCAGAAAUCAAUAUGGAAGCCGUCACUCCAGCAGAUCCCUUAGAGUUUGCCUCUUCCUUCUUAAUGCUUUAUGGAAUACUCACAUCGGAAGAAUUUCCCGUUAUCCAGGACAUGAUAAUGUCAAUCGUGACACACCUUUGCUUGACAGUCAGGCAAAUAUUCCGAGUUAGCGCCGACCGAAAUCAAAGUUUCUGGUUCGAGAUGGAAUCCAUGGAGCAGGCUCACCAAACGAGGACUCAUAUCCAUCAUAAGCAAGAGAAUGGGAUAGAAUUACGAGUCGCCUACGCUGAUUAUGAACACUACAUGGAAGCUCUCGCCUGCGCUUCCCAUAGAUGGCCAGACACUCUCUCCAACAACGGAAGUCAAGGUCCGUCCUCGCUCCAAUCGGUAGCUCUGGCGCUAACUAUGCGACCUUCAAGGGAGCAGGAGAACGCUAGUCCUUUAACCCUCCGAAACUCCAAUGCUGAUGCAAUGAUCCACAUUCCCCCUCUGCCAGUACUUCCAGGCAUGCCAGCUUUCGCCGGACUACCACACAAUGCCCUGCUGCCUUUUGGUGCGAAUGUUGCUUUUAUGUGGUCCCCCUCUGGUAAUACCUUUAGCCCCGUCCUUCUGCAAGGAAACACGACUGUGCUGCCUUAUCCAAUAGCACCUACAAGACCAACUCCAAGUGCCCUGCUGCCUGAGCCAGUAGCCACAGUGUUGCAGUACUUUACCAUCCCCCACAUAAUCCACAUGGACUCCACGGGAUUCCACUGGAUUCCACUGGACUUCACUACAUACUGGCAAUAUCCACAAAUCUGGACUCCACUGGACUCCCAGCACAAAACUGGACUCCACUGGACUGCAAGCACAAAACUGGACUGGACUGGACUGCAAAUCACAAAACUGGACUGGACUGGACUCCACUGGACUCUCCCAACACAAAACUGGACUGGACUGGACUGCCACAGAGCUAAGUUAAUCCAGAAUUCCUCUUCAAAACAAAAAAAAAAAUUGAAGUAUAUUCAUUAA